AUGUACAUUGAAGAACUUUCCGAGGAAGAAGUAGAAAAGUCAAAGACUUCGAAGGACAAGAAGGCAAAAGGACCAGGUCUUGUAUUUAAGUUAACCUGUAAGGUUCCCUAUAAGACUGUACUAAAAGGUACGAGAACUUCUGCCGCAUUUCACUAUGGCUUCUCUUCACCUCUGGAAGAAGGUCCUACUCCGCUAUCUUCUAGCUGGAAGAUGGCUUGUACAACGGCGCCGUUUUCAUCUGCCGUCGAGAACUCUGCAGGUCAGAUCAAGGCAGGGAAGAGGAAGGUAUUUCAGAAGCUGAAGUCACUUACGGUUGAGACAAUAGAUCUCAUCUUAAGGGAGGAAGAGAAGAAAGGCGUUUUUGUGGAUCAGGAGGAUCUUGUGAGGUGGGCCAAACGUAUUGAUAAGAGGAACAAAAAGCCUGAUCACUCCCUCGAGAUCUUUAGGUGGAUGGAUAAAAAGAAGAUGGUAUUUUCUCCCUCCCAACUUGAGCUUUAUGUGGAUCUUCUAGGCAAGGUUAAAGGAUCAGCAGCGGCUUCAGCCUACUUCAACAAAGUAGAGCCAAAUUUCGAUGAGAUGGACGUUGAUGCCAAAAACUGGCCUGCUUACGUGAAGGUCUUGGAUUGGUUACGUUUUAGAAAACCGACUUCAGGGGCAAGACCACAUGUUCUUAAGUUCCCUAAACUUGAUGAUCCUCUAUGGGCUAAGAAUUCUACUCCUACUACUCCUGCUCAAAAAAGAAAUCUUUUUUCUAAGCUCAAAUCCUCUGAGAGCACCUGUGACAACGUUUUGAGAGAGAUGGAGGACCAAGGAUUUUGCAUCACCAAAGCAGAUCUAAACCGCUGGAUAAAACUCCUCAAGAAGCAAGGGCAAUUACAAAAAUCUCUAGAGAUCGAGAGUUUUAAGGAGUGGAAGUACCUUUGCCACUACCACCGGCUACGCCAACGUCCAGGCUGGAAACGCCUCUAA